AUGUGCCAGCCCCAGCCACUGCUGGCCGUGCUGCUCUUGCUUUCCUGCCCACGGGCCAAUGCCAGUAGGCUGGGGUGCCGCAAGCUGCUGCGGGUGAGGCUGCUGGUCUGGGCUCUGACCUCAGCACCACCAGCUCACCCUGCUGUGGGAUGGCUUGCAGGUGCUCUACUGGGUCAGGCUGUGGGGGGCCAUGAGGCUCAGCCCCACUCCCACCCUUACAUGGCAUACCUGAAGGUAGGGAUGCUAGCCUGCGGAGGCUUCCUGGUGGCCCCUGACUGGGUGAUGACAGCUGCACACUGCAUGGGGGAUGCGGGUGAGACCCAAGUUGUUUUCUCCCUUCUCUCUUCUGCUGCACUGGGGGCUCACAACAUCCACGAACCAGAAACAACUCUCCCAACGGGAGAUCUCAGAUACCACCAGCACCCUGCGUACAAUCCCAACACCGUGUCUAAUGACAUCGUGCUGCGCAAGCUGACAGCAAAGGCCACUCUCAAUGACUACGUCAAGACCAUUCCACUGCCCAAGACCAGCAGCGACCUCCUCACGGGCACCAAGUGCAGCAUAGCCAGGUGGGGCCUGAUCGAUGAUGACCAGGCGACCAACAAACCCUUUGAAACCAAAGUCUCCAUCUACAGCCGCGGGAAAUGCAUCCGCUUCUAGCCACGUCUCAGCACUGGCAUGGUUUGUGCUGGCAGCUUCCACAAGCUCAGGGACUCCAGCCAGGGAGAUUCUGGUGGGCCCCUGGUGUGCAAUAAGGUGGCACGAGGCAUCGUUUCCUUCAGGUGUGACACCCCACCUGGGGUCUACACCCGCAUCUCCAACUACCUGCCUGGGAUCACAAAAGUGCUGAAGAAGUAG